ACUUUCCCAAUUCUAGGGCCGAUUUGCUGAGCUCUCGAGGUUUUUCUCCAUCUCUCUCUCAACCCCCUGUACUUCCUUAGAUUUUGAGCUAUCCCAAAGCUUCCAUGGCGCCGCCUCCUGGCCCUUACUCCGGUACCAGCACUCUCGCUUUGGUGGCUCGUGCAUCGGCCUUCACUUUCGGUCUCGUCUAUGGAAGCGUCAAGCUCAAGUAUCUUAAGGCUAAGGCAAAGUCACAACAGAAGGCUGAGGCUAAGGGACAUCAUUGAAGCAAGGAUGGAUUCUAUUGUUGAUUUUCAAUAAUAUGCAUAAUGAUAGACCUUUAGGAGUUGUUUGUCUUCCUGUAAAGUUUUGGCAGACCAUGAUGCUCCAUUGACAAUUCUGCAAUUUUGUUUUAUGUUGGUUUUUCCUACCGAAGGAUUAUGAUUCAGCUUACAUCUUCUAGUGCUUGAUAACUGAGAAACUGUUAAAGAGGGUUGUUUUCAUAAACCCUUAAUUCAAAAAUAAUCAUUCAU